UGUUCGCAUUGCUCAAGAGAAUUCGGCCGGGCCGAGCAUCUUGUACGACACGAACGGACACAUACGAAAGAAAAGCCGUAUGGCUGCGAUCUAUGCACCCAAGCCUUCUCAAGGAGAGAUCUUUUGCGGAGACAUGAGUGGAAGGCGCAC